AUGACCAACCUGGAUGGGCCGGUUCUCACCCCUUCAAUGCUCCCUAACGCGGCCGACUUCGACGUUAAGGACUCUUCCUUCUUCCGUAAAUGGUCUCAGCUACCGUCUCCAGGAGACGUGCGGAAGAAAGCAGAAUCUCAGUACCUGGCUGGGGUUAACCAUGAUACCAGGAGGGAUCCCAAGCUGACCCCGCCUUUUGUCAGACCGCCACUUGUUGUAUUUGAGGAUAUGGGUCUGUUGGUGAAAUGGGGGAGUGGUGUCAGUUUCAACGAGGGUUUAACUCUGUAUGCUAUCCGUCUGUUGCUUAAAGGCUCUGUGCCUGUUCCUGAAGUAUACGGAUGGCGUACCGAGGGCAGCGAAAGGUAUAUAUAUAUGGAGUAUAUCCAUGGCCAAACGUUAGAGCACGCCUGGGAAAGUAUCAAUCCUGACGACCGGGAAUCAAUAUGCACUGAGCUACAGAGCAUUAUAAAACACCUACGCCGACUUAAACAAGACCCCCUAGAUACAUUCGUUGGAAGUAUCACCCGAGGAUCUCUCUACGAUCGAGCACUCCACACAAGCUACAUGUCCGAAGCAGGCCCUUUCACCACCGUACGCGAAUUCCACGAUUGGUUCACCUUCCUUUGUCGAAUGCCGAUGCCUGAUCCGUACUCUGUCCCGAUAGAGCCGUUCCGAUAUGAAUUGCCAGAUGGCUGCGGUAUAAAGUUCACGCAUGGGGAUUUGCAUCGCAGUAAUAUUAUUAUCUCUGCGCAGAAGCCGUAUAGGGUUCUUGCUAUUGUGGACUGGGAGCAGGCGGGGUGGUUGCCGGAGUAUUGGGAGGCGAGGAAGGCGUUGUAUAGUGUUUAUGGAUCAGAGUGGGCGAUGACGUAUUUGCCCUUGGUUAUGGAGCUGUAUAGUAAUACCUGGGAGGCUUGGGACUGGUAUACUACGUCCAUGGGAUGCUAG